AUGCGCAAGUCUGCGAAGAUCAACAAGAGUGGCGGCCGCGGCCUUACCAAUGGCGCCGUGGAAAUGCGGUCCAAACCACGAUUUCCACAACGCGCACCUCCCGGCUCGGGAAACCUCCCACCCGCGCACCUCACCACACAGCCUCGCGGUAUUCAACGCAUCCGGCUCUCUACUUGGCAGGUAUACCAGGCCCAGGUGCGGGCAGAUGAAGAAACUAGGAGGAUCCAUGAGCUACGGGAGAGAGCCAAACAUGCCAUGAUUGCCGCUGGCUUCAACCCAUUCAACGCCGACGAAGAUGUCUUUGAUGGAUUCAAUCACUUCAACGACACCUUCAACGACGUUGAUCUCGACGACGAUUACGAGGACGCUUGGGAUCGAAUUGUUGAGGAGCCCGCGUCGAAUCUCAUGGCCGCAUAUGGGAUCACAGAUUCCAGAAAAGCCAAACGGAUCUUCGGGUUCCUUACCGGUAAUCUGAAAGUGCGCGUCUCGCAGUCCCGCGCCCAGCGCCGCCAGAAUGCCGAGCUUUCAUGGCAACGUGUUCUCCCUUCCCUUAUCCGCCCAUACCUUGAAUGGUCACAACAACGCUCCACUGUGCCCGCUGCUGCCGAUGCCGACCGUAGCACUCUGCUGCCAAACGUCGAACUUACGAGGGAGGCUCACGAUAUCAAGAUCAAGGGAGUACAUUACAAUGUUGAUUGCCCGAACGACAUCACAAUACAUGUCGCUAAGGGUGAAGACGUCAACGUCGCCCUCAUGAGACACGGCUACAUCGGCGGGACCCCUGUGACGCCCAGCGUUGCCUUCCAUCUCGACCUCCUCCGCUAUGCACACUCUGCUCGCAAGAAGAUGCCUGGGUCAGGAAUGCAAGGUAUCCUGCGCGCCCAGUGUGACUUCCAUAAUAUACAUUAUACUCAAGGCCUGCAGCUGAACUUCAGGCAGGCCUUUGACAUAUACCUCGAGGUUCUCAAACGCGCGGAUGCCCUCGUAGACGCCGUUCUUGGGCGCAGCGUGGAUUUUCACGUUAAGAACGGUUGUGGCGCCUGCGACAACAAGGCUGCUGAUGCAACAUUUCCCGGUGAGAUCCCCAAACCUGACGGCAUGUUCGCAAUGGACGGCUGCGACUCGCACAAACGCAUGAAGGCCGCAGGACGUGCAGAUCAGCGCGAGUUCAACUCGCCAUUUUUUGCGGCGCGCGAGUUCGUGAACCGGUAUCAAAAUGAAGUACGCGAUACAGCUGCUAGGCGCAAAGCUGACGCUGCAUCGCGUCGCGCAGCCAAGAAGGGGAAGGGAAAGCCAAAGGCCGCUGCCACCGCACCUGCACCCGCAUCCGCCACUACGCCCGCAUCCACCACCGCAGCUGGUGCUGUGCCAUCCUCGUCAUCGACCGGCGCCACUUCCUCUGCUGCACAAAAUGCUGAGGAGAACGACAUCGACGAGGUGGAGGUUGAGGUGGACGAGGCUGGGUUUGUCCGCCUAGACUAUGAUCCAUGUGCGGAUACCUGGAAGGCAGCAAAUGGGAAGGAGAUGCCGCCAGCGACGAAGGAAGCCCUGGAGCAAUCGGGCAUUUACAUCCUCGUCUGUCGACAUGGCGUUGUGAAGCUUGUCAUCGAGAUGGUACAGUCGGGCGAGCUUGCUAAGUAUGCCCUUGCCGCGAUCCGCUUCGUCCUCGACAAUUACGGCUCCGACAUUGUCGUCGGCUACGACAUCGGUUGCGUGCUCGAGGGCACUCUUAGACGCAGCUCGUUCGGCCCUGAGGCGCUCGACGAGAAGCGUAUCAGAAUUGUGGUCGACGCCUUUCACUGCUGGGCACACAAGCGGACGUGCCAGCUCAAUUAUCACCCAAUCUACAAGCCCGAGCUAGGCAUAGAGGAUCUCUCCAUCUCGGAGAGGAUCUUUUCAGUUCUCAAUGCCUGCGCUCGCAUCACGCGCAACAUGUCCAACUAUCGCUGGAAGCAAGCCAUGGACAUGCAUAUUCGGCAGUCUAAUGAAGACCGGUAUGCCGCAUCUGGCAAUUUCUUGCUGCAAAACGUCAAGCAAUCGUUGGGCAUCAUCUUCGAGAACACCGCCGCCGUCGCAAAGUUCAUGCGCGAAGUGCCUGUCACCGAGGAUCAGCUGCGCAGUUGGAUUGACAAGGAGAGGGUGUUCUUGAGGGAUGCGACAAAGAAGGAGCCCGAGCUCACGACCUUACACGUCGAAUACGUGAAGACGCUCGAAAAGCUCUGGGCCAACGAGCUCAAGGAGAAGGAAGCCGCGGCGAAGGCAGCCGACACAACGUUGGGCGCAUACGACCGGCGUAGCGCACCGCGCGAGCUCGCUAGGGCCCAACAAGCUGUCAAUCGGACCUUGACGUCGCUCCAUCACUGGGAGGACGUCCUCAAGAUAUCUCCGGGACAGAGUUGGACGCCCGAGAGUGAGCUUUACAAGGAGACGGCGAUAUAUAUGGCGAGGAAAGAGUUCGUUCGGGCGGCAGAGGCUGUACGAGGGCUUGUUAUCGCACGUAUGAUGGAGAUGGAGAAGUUGCACGCCAUCGGCUUAGGAUAUAAGCUACGGAACCAUGUCUCCGCCUCUCUCGGACGACGCAGCAAGGCCCUCAAGAACGCCAUCGACUCGUACAACAAGCUGGCCCCGAAGUACAAGGCACCACGCGUAGAGUAUGAGGACGUCGUCAAGAUGACCGACAUCGCGGCCUUCGACCGCAUCAUCGCCGGCACCCAAGAUCUUGAAGCUGAAGCCUGGGCGAAGGCUGAACAUCACGAGGCCGCAAACAAGUGGUGGAAGCUCGAAGGCGCCCGCGUCGAGCUCAAACGCUGCUACGUCGAGAUCUGGCGCCUACACCACUGGGUCGACAGCGAGGACAGGGAUAUGGCCGAUGCGAUCAAUCGCCUCCAGCUGACCGACGCCCCGCUCGCCGCUUACCUCGACCGCAUUCGCCACCGCCGUGCCGCGAUUAACGACGGCAUUCGCAAGCGUCUGGAGGAGAUCUACAAGAUCCCGGGGUAUGCUGGUCCCCAGCCGGCGGCUUCGCGAGCUAUACCGGCCAAGCGCAAGGCAGCAGACUCGUUGCUUCCCGAGACACCUGCGGGCGAGCAGCAACAACGAGGGGAGCAGCAGGGUGCGGGCGGCGAAGAGGACAGCGACUCGGACGAGGAUGAGGACCCUCAAGGUGUUGAGCGACUGGCAGAGAUUAUUCUGCCUCAACUAGAUGGUUAA